CAGCCGCGGGCCCCAGGCCCCAGGCCCGCCCCGGGUAGCCGCAGAUCCGGUUCCCUGAGCCCGGUGGGACGUUGGCGCAGAACUUUGUCAGAUUCGGGCCUGACCGCCUUCGCCACCGAGUACCCAGGCUAGCCCUCCGCCAGCCUUGGCCUAUCUCACUCCCAGCGUAUCCUUUAUCUGCCGUGCCCCGGCCUCUGUAAGAAACGAAACUGGGUGCCAAGAGAACUGGCUUCCUUCCAGAAUCAGACACUUAUUUUCCUUGUCGGGAGAGAAACGAGAAAAAGAAAAAGAUGUAGAGAGAUUUUGUAAAGCUGAAUUUGGAUGAAGGGGAGGGAUAAUUGUCCUCCUUUUUCUUUUCUGGGAUUAAAUACUUGACCGCUAGGUGAUCGUCUGGUUAGGAAAGUGGUGUGGUUGCUUGAAAAGGUUUGUUUGGUUUGGCUUUUUUAAAACACCUUCCUAUAAGUAGUCAGCAUUCCAUUAGCCCAUCAAAUCUAAAGUCUCGGGACGCGUUGGACUUCAGAGGACUUCAGAGGACUUCAGAGGAAGGAGCUGUUAGCUAGCAUAAUGAAACCAGCGUCUGUAACCCAGUUUGCUAGAUUCUGGGAGUGCAUGCCCCCGCCAUGCUCUCCUGUGACAUAUGUGGAGAAACAGUGACCUCAGAACCAGAUAUGAAGGCUCACCUCGUUGUUCACAUGGAAAACGAAGUUGUAUGUCCGUUUUGCAAGUUGUCAGGUGUAAACUACGAUGAAAUGUGUUUUCAUAUUGAAACUGCUCAUUUUGAGCAGAAUACACCAGACAGAAACUUUGAGAAGCUAAAUGCAAGACAUUAUGAAAAUCCAGACAGUAAGAAUACCACCCUGCAGAAUGCAAUGGAAGUCAAUUCAAGCAUCCAUUCAGCCUGUGCGUCCAAUUUUCCAAAAUAUUCACCUCAAAGCCUUCCUAGAGAUGGGAUUUUAAAACAUGAAGCUUUUCGUACACAGAGCAUAACCGAAUCUAGAAAGUACCCGAAAAGCCCAGAGAAGCAGUCUGGAUUGUCUGUAAUACAAGGACCAAUUUACGGGACAACGUACAGUCUCCCCGAAUGUCCAUUUUGUGGAAAAAUAGAAGGGCAUAGUCAAGAUAUGGAGAUGCAUGUAAAGACAAAGCAUGCCGGUCUCUUAGAGGCGCCAUUAGAAGACUGCCAUCAACCGUUCUAUGACUGUCCCAUGUGUGGACUCGUCUGUACAAAUUACCAUAUUCUCCAGGAACAUGUGGACUUGCAUUUAGAAGAAAGCAACUUUCAACAAGGCAUGGACACAGUCCAGUGUUCUAGUGACCGAGAAUUAGCUCACCAGCUUCAGCAAGAGGAAGACAGGAAGAGGAAAUCUGAAGAAUCAAGACAAGAAAGGGAAGAGUUCCAGAAGCUGCAGCGGCAGUAUGGUUUGGAUAACUCUGGAGGUUACAGACAACAGCAGCUGUGGCAUAUGGAGAGAGAAGUAAGCAGGGGAAGAAUGCAUCCCUCUGAAUUUCAUAGCAGAAAAGCCGACAUGAUGGAAUCAAUAGCUGUUGGUAUUGAUGAUGGAAAAACAAAAACUUCCGGAAUUAUUGAAGCCCUCCAUAGAUAUUAUCAGAACACUGCCACAGAUGUGAGGUGUGUGUGGCUCUCUACAGUGGUGGAUCACUUUCACUCAUCUUUUGGGGACAAAGGUUGGGGUUGUGGUUAUAGAAAUUUCCAGAUGCUGCUUUCAUCAUUACUACAAAAUGAUGCGUAUGGUGACUGCUUGAAAGGUAUGUCAAUUCCUUGUAUUCCAAAAAUUCAGUCCAUGAUUGAAGAUGCAUGGAAGGAAGGUUUUGAUCCUCAGGGAGCCUGUCAACUUAACAACAAAUUACAGGGAACAAAGGCCUGGAUUGGAGCAUGUGAGAUUUAUACACUUCUGACCUCACUGAGAGUAAAGUGCCGCAUUAUUGAUUUUCACAAGCCAACUGGUCCUUCGGGUACACACCCUCGCUUAUUUGAGUGGAUACUGAACUAUUAUUCUUCAGAGCGGGAAGGGAACCCAAAGGUUGUGUGUACAUCUAAACCUCCUGUCUAUCUCCAGCACCAGGGUCACAGUCGAACAAUUGUUGGAAUUGAAGAGAAAAAAAACCGAACAUUGUGUUUACUAAUAUUUGAUCCUGGAUGUCCGUCCCGAGAAAUGCAGAAACUGUUAAAACAAGACAUAGAGGCUGGUAGUCUCAGGCAGCUGCGGAAAUCUGUGGGAAAUCUAAAACAUAAGCAGUACCAGAUAGUAGCCGUAGAGGGCAUUCUUUCGCCAGAGGAGAAAGUUAUCCACCUCCACCACACACACAGAGUCCAGUUUGUGCUCAUAUAGUCCUGGGUAUGAGACCAGCCACUGGAACAUGGUCAACCUACCAGGGGCCACACCCUGAAAGAAAACUGACUCUUGCUCACCCCAAGGCUGGAAUACUAACUCAUAAUAAAUAAGGAUUUUGUUGUUGUUGUUUUUGUUUUUGCUUUUGAGACAGAGUCUCACUCUGUAGCUCUGCUGUCCUGGAACUCACGAUGUAAACCAGGCCCACCUUGAACUCACAGAGAUCCACUUGCCUCUGCCUUCUGAGUGGUGGGAUUAAAGGAUUUUUGAAGAGACGUGGUUAGGGUGCUAACGAAGUAGCCAAGUUUUUCAAAGGUUCUUUGCUCAUUGCUCUGUCUUCCUUUUCGCUUCUUUGGUCCCCUGGUGUUCCUCACACCUCCUCCCAUCUAGAUUUCUUUGUGAGCUAGCAUUUGCACAUUUGACAUAGUCGUAACACAGUGCAUAACAUUCUGUUUCAUUCUAUUUUGUCUUUAUCUAGAAGUUUCUUUAUGACUUGACUUUUAAAAUAUGUAGUACUCAUUUUUUAAGUUUUAGGCCAUAAUUUUCCACUGGGACUUUUCAUUGUUAACUUGAAGAAAAAAAUCCAGGUUUUAUUUUCUGCAUUAAGAUGAUAAACUACAGGGUUGACAAGAUGGCUCGGCAGUCAAAGGUACUUACUGCCAAGCCUGACAAACUCUAACCUCAGGGUCCACCUGGGAUUAAGAGAUCUGACUUCUGUAGGUGUGCUCUGAGCUCUGUGCAUGGGUGCACGCACGUGUGCACAGAUAAAAUAACAAAUUAAAAGAAUGAUAAUGUAGCAUAUGUAAUUAAUUUCUAGAUUAUAAUUCACAGGCUGUUUUCUUCCC